CCUCCUUGUACAAGGUAGACAUGGGCAAAAUACUGUUUGUGACGGCCGUGGCCUUGCUACUGCAUGCGCAGCUCGGCUCCGCCUUCAUACUGUCAUGCUACUUCACAAACUGGGCACAGUACAGACCACCUCCAACCAUAUUUAUGCCCAAUGACAUCGACCCAUGCCUGUGUACCCAUCUUCUGUAUGCCUUCGCCACCAUAAAGAACAACCAACUGGCCACCUAUGAGUGGAACGACGUGGAGCUUUACAGUCAGUUCAACGCCCUGAAGAACAAGAAUGGCAACCUGAAGACUCUUCUGUCUGUUGGAGGAUGGAACUUUGGCUCUUCAGGUUUUUCACAAAUGGUGUUGAGCCCUGCCAACCGUCAGACCUUCAUCAACUCGGUUAUUUCAUUCCUGAGGAUGUAUGAGUUUGAUGGGCUUGACAUUGACUGGGAGUAUCCAGCCAACAGAGGAGGCUCUCCUCAGGACAAGCAGUACUACUCUGUUUUCCUGGAGGAGAUGAGAGCUGCCUUUGAGAAUGAGGCCAAGCAGAGCAACAAGGCUCGUCUCCUGAUGUCUGCUGCUGUGUCGGCUGGAAAGGACACCAUUGAUUCUGCUUAUCAGAUUCCCAAGCUUGGCCAGGCCCUGGAUAUGAUCAACGUGAUGACAUAUGACUUCCAUGGCUCUUGGGACCCCAUGACUGGCGAGUGCAGUCCUCUGUUCAAAGGCCCUGAGGACCAGGGUGGCUUCAUCUAUUUCAAUGUGGACUAUGCCAUGAACUACUGGAAGAGCCAGGGAGCCCCAGCUGAGAAGCUUAUUGUUGGUUUGCCUACAUACGGAAACACAUUCACUCUUAGGAACCCUGCUAACCAUGGUGUUGGUGCACCUAUUGCUGGCGCUGGAACUCCAGGAAAGUACACACAAGAGGCGGGAGAGCUUGCUUACUUUGAGAUCUGCGGCUUUUUGAAAAAUGGAGCUACUGAGGUUUGGAACCAGGCCCAGGAUGUGCCAUAUGCCUACAAGGGAAACCAGUGGGUGGGCUAUGACAACAUGAAGAGCUUCCAGAUCAAGGUUGACUGGCUGACAAAGAGUAACUUUGGAGGUGCCAUGGUGUGGACCCUUGACAUGGACGACUACAUGGGCACUUUCUGCAACCAGGGAAAAUACCCACUGAUUAAUGUUCUUAAAAAGGGCCUCAAUCUGGAACAAGCAUCCUGCACCCCUCCAGCCACUCCCCUUCCUCCAAUCGCAGGAGUGAGCACAACUCCCGGAGGCAGCUCUGGAGGCAGCUCCAGCGGAGGCUCCAGUGGCGGUAGCAGUUCCUCUGGUGGGGCUUCGGGCACCAGCGGCAUGGACAGUAGUUUCUGCGUUGGAAAGGCCAACGGCAUGUACCCCAACCCAACAAACAAGAACCAAUUUUACAACUGCAGCAGCGGCAAAACCUACUUUGAGAACUGCGCUUCUGGUCUGGUCUUUGACGCGUCCUGUUCUUGUUGCAACUGGUCCUAAAGCUGAAGUCAUAUAUUGAUUGUUCAAAGGCUAGAUGACUCUGUUUUACAGUUGUUCUUUGUUCUCAAGGGCUAACUUCUAGAACAAAAUCGUUCCUUCUGCUUAGGAUGGUUAACAAUGUAAAACCUGACGCUCUCCUCUUUGAAAGCCAAGAAAAUAAACAUUUGAAUGGUU